AUGAUGAUGUGGUUAUACUUGAUGCAGGAAGGAAUAGCAGUGGGGAGAAGUUUUGCAAUGUUUAAGAAUUACCAUAUUGAUGGCAACAAAGAGAUGAUUGCCUUUGGUAUGAUGAAUAUUGCUGGUUCCUGCACUUCUUGCUACUUAACCUCAGGACCAUUUUCAAGGACAGCAGUGAAUUUCAACGCAGGAGGCAAGACAGCAGUGUCAAAUAUAGUGAUGGCAACAGCAGUAAUGAUAACACUGUUGUUCCUUACACCACUAUUCUAUUACACUCCGCUUGUUGUGCUUUCCUCCAUUAUUAUUGCAGCCAUGCUUGGCCUCAUCGAUUACGAAGCCGCCAUCCACCUUUGGAAGGUUGACAAGUUCGACUUCGUCGUCUGCAUUAGCUCCUACCUCGGUGUUGUCUUUGGUAGUGUUGAGAUUGGCUUAGUUAUUGCGGUAGUGAUAUCUUUGCUUCGGGUGGUGAUAUUCGUAGCAAGGCCAAGGACUUGUGUUUUGGGAAACAUUCCAAAAACCAUCACUUACAGAAGCAUUGAUCAGUACCCACUUGCUAACAGAGUUGCUGGAAUUCUCAUCCUUCAGAUCGAUGCUCCUAUUUACUUUGCCAACGCAAACUACUUAAGAGAAAGGAUCUCAAGAUGGAUCGAUGACGAGGAAGACAAGCUAAAAUCUUCUGAAAAAAUUGGGUUACAAUAUGUUAUAUUAGAUAUGAGUGCUGUAGGUAGCAUAGACACAAGUGGAAUUAGCGUGCUUGAAGAAGUCAAGAGAAACAUUGAUACAAGAGGUCUCAAGCUUGUACUAGCAAACCCUAGAAGUGAGGUGAUGAAGAAGCUGGACAAGUCAAAGUUCAUCGAAGCGAUUGGUCAAGAGUGGAUCUAUCUGACAGUUGCAGAGGCUGUAGGAGCUUGCAACUUCAUGCUUCACUCAUGCAAGCCAAACUCCAAAGCAGUUGAUGAAUCAACUGAGAAUGAUAACAAUGUAUGA